CGCUCACUCACACUGAGUGGAGUGAUUGAGUGCAUUUUGUUUCACACAUAUUUGAUGUGCAAUGCCUAUUUCAAUAAAAUUUUCUUAUUUAUUUUCCAAAAUUACUUAUCUAUUGCGCUCAUUACAGUCUUCAUUUAUUGGUAAUAUUAAUUACCAGUAACAUAAUACGGUGUUAUGAAUAAAUUAGUGACGUAGUGUGUAUAAUAUCGUUCAAGGUAAAAGAUGUUCUAAGACAAAAGGUAGAGUCCUUCACACAUUAGUAGCUGAGCAUCAUUGUUUGAAUAAGUUGUUAUCUACGAUAGUGAGGUGAUUAUAGUAAUGCUAACGACACACUGCAUGUAAGUACGCAGUUGAACUUCAAUAGCGACUAACUUUUCUUCUCGCGUGGUGGUGGGUCUUUCGCUUGGAUAUGCGGUAAGGUAACGUAAGCUUCUAAUAAGUCACAAUAACAAUGGCUAAUGUAAAAAGUAGACCAAACGCACCGAAAAGUGCAUCUACUAAGAAAGGGUGUGGUAAACAAGUAGAUAAACCCACAGGUGAUGUCAAAGUUAAGAAAAAAUCUAAACCCAGCACAACAGAAAAAGCGCAACCAGUACAUGUACCUGUUGUUAAAGUCAAACCACCCGGUAAACCUGAUUAUUACCUUUUAAAUAAAGAGACGUUGGUCACGAAGAGCGGCAGGAUUAAAAGAAAAAAUAAAGAUCACUUAAGACUUUUAGACAACAUACUUAAGAGUGAACUGAUGAUCCAAGAAAGCAAUAAAAAUAAAAUAGAUGAAACUGCUCCUACUGUUAACAAUAACGAUAUUGGCACAUCAAACCACAAUGAAACAGAAACCAAUGUAAAUAAUGACACUAUUGUUGCAUCAAACCAAAAUAAGACCAAUACAAGUGUAAUAAAAGAAACGGUAAAGAAAACUUCUCCAAAUAAAAAUGAAAAAAGAAAAAAGUUACCAAAAAGUAAGCCAGUUCUACAUAAACCAAAGCCCAAAGUGCAAUUGAGCAAUGGAUCACUUUUGCCAUUGCCGGGCUUUCAGUGCAAUUACUGCAAUAAAACAUUCAGCAACAAAGCUUCCAUAAGACGCCACAUCUAUGUUCACCUCAAUGCAAAACCAUAUGAAUGUGUUGAUUGUUUAAAACGGUUCACUCAUGAGGUUAAUCUGCAAUAUCAUCUUAAAAAACGUCACCCAGAGUUGUAUUCACCAAGGAAUUUUAAGUGUCAGAUUUGUGAGAAGGUAUUCCGUUUCAAGGAAACUUUGAGUAUACACCUGGACCUUCAUGUUAAUAAAUAUGGCUCUUUCAAAUGUCUUUAUUGUGAAGAGAGUUUCAACAAUAUAAGCGAGUUAGCAAAACACAAAAAGACAAAUCAUUUUAGUGCAAUUCCUUUAGAUUGUCAUAUUUGCAGUGAAAGGUUUAGCACUCACAACAAACUUGUCAAGCAUCUCAAAGAGCAUUUAAAACUAAAUGGUUUCAUCUGUCAAUAUUGUGGUAAAGAAUAUAAGGAGCUCAAUUCUAUGCGGAGGCAUGUUCAAGUUAGUCAUGCAGGCCGCAGGAUUGUCUGCCCUGUGUGCAAUAAAAAACUAAAAGGACAUUUAUCUGAACAUAUGCGAGUUCAUGAAAAAGAGCGUCCACAUGAAUGUACUAUAUGUGGUCAACGUUUCACACAGUCCACUCAGCUCAAUGUUCACCGUAGAUCCCACACAGGAGACAGGCCGUAUGAGUGUAGGAUUUGCAGCCACCGUUUCUCCCAUUCAAAUGCUCUAAUGUUACAUAUCAGGCGGCACACUGGUGAGAAACCGUUUCCUUGUGCAAUGUGUCCUUUAACCUUCUCCCAGUUGCCACACAUGAAGGCUCACAUGCGAAACAUCCAUGGUAAAGAUAGUGCGUACAAGUGUGCGAAAUGUGGACAGUUUUUCAAGUUAAAGGCCAACUUGGGUAUCCAUUCAAAAGUUUGCAAUGUUGGAUCAAAGGAGCCACCUUUGGGAAAAAAGACAGAGUCUUCCGGGAACAAUGAAGAAGUUGAUUCCAGUAUGUCCCUGUCUCGCAUGAGGUUCCUACUCGCCCUGCUUCUCACAAUGAUAGCGUCCGAGGACAAACUGAAAUAUUUGGGUUUCAACAAGCGUCUGAUAGACGACCUCCUGAUUGAAUCUCUCGAGGCCAUGGGUCAAACACCCACUAAAGAUGAAUCUCUCCCUCCAUUGAGACGAUUAAAAGUCAACAUUGAUUUGCUUCUAAAGCGAACUGUACCCAAACAAGAAAUGGCCAAAUUCCGCAGCGACAACAAGACGACAGAAGAAAUCCUAGAACUGCUCACGGAUAAUAAGAAGAUGCUAAAUAGAUGUGUCUAAUUUGAUGAGAGUUCAGAAACCAACAAGAAAGGGGAAACUCUACCGAAACUUGUUCUCAUUGAUGAUUCCAGCGCUACUUACGGCAUGCCUGAUAACUAUUCAUUUUAAGAUAAGUACUAUUCGAUGUCUAACUUAUAUUAUUCCAUUUACCGAUCACACCUGUUGAUGUAUAUCUACUAUUUUAUUAGAUCAUUUAUCUUGCUGUAUCGCAUAGUAUAAAAGCCGAGAAAAAUUAAUAGUGCAUGUUUCUAGAUGUAAAAUAUCUGUCAUAAAACCCAGGUUUUCUGCUGCUAAGUCGAUCACUCAAUGACGCAAUUGAAUGAGAGAGAAAAAGCUUAAGCAAAAAUAUCGUGAGUGAAUGAAAUCAACCUAUGAACCGACGUCGUUAUAUCAAUGAAAUGAAAGAGUACAAUUCUUUUUAAAUCAGUUUGUAUAGGUCUUUACGGCGUGUCUGAGUUAGAAAAAUUAUAAUUAUGAAUAUUUAUAUUAAGAAUGUACGGUCUCAUAGUCAUAAUACUACUCUGUCAAGAAAGUAUCGGGAAUGGAUUAUUUAUUUAUGGUUCCAAAUUCAAAUUUUUGUUUUUUUUGUUGUUGUUAGAUUGGCACAACUGUUUUCCAUUUUGGCGCGGAGUUUGAGUUGCAUCUGUUGUUUACAUUAAAUACAGUGCUAUUUUUAGUUAUAUCAUAUCUAGUGUGUAUUGCUAAUUUCAUAAUGGAUAAAAACAUCGAACAAAGAGUUUGUCUUAAAUUUUGCAUUGCCAAUGGAAUAUCGUGUUCGGAGUCACUGAAAAUGUUACAGAAGGCUUACGGUGAAUCGACUUUAUCAAAAACUCGUGCUUAUGAGUGGUACAAAGCGUUCAAAAGCGGUCGAGAUGUGAUGGAAGAUUUGCCUCGCUCUGGUAGGCCAUCAACGUCUGCAACUGAUGUUAACAUCGCAAAAGUGAAGGAAAUAGUGACUGAAAAUCCUCAUUCAACUUUGAGAGAGAUAGCCACCGAACUUUCUGUAUCUCACGAGUCGAUCCGUACCAUUUUAACUAAUAAUUUGGGUAUGAAACAUGUUGCCGCUCGGCUAGUCCCAAAAGACCUGAAUUUUUUUCAAAAACUCAAUCGCAUGAGAGUCGCUGAGGACAUGCUAGAACGAGUCAAUUCCGACCCAACAUUCAUGAAACGCAUUGUUACUGGUGACGAGACGUGGGUUUACGAGUUUGACAUGCAAACUAGUCAACAAGCUUCGGAGUGGCGCCUUCCAACUGAACCGAAACCGAAAAAACCACGCCAAAGUCGUUCAAAAGUCAAAGUCAUGUUGACUGUUUUCUUUGACUAUCGCGGUGUUGUGCACUCGGAAUUCUUGCCGGAAGGUCAAACGGUAAAUAAGGAAUAUUAUUUGAGUGUUAUGCGGCGUUUAAGAGAGCAAAUCCGACGAAAAAGGCCAGAUUUGUGGAAAGAAAAUUCUUGGAUUUUGCACCAUGAUAAUGCACCUUCGCACAAGGCCAUCAUUGUGAACGAAUUUUUAACCAAACACUCAACAAAUACCAUCGAGCAACCACCAUAUUCACCAGAUAUGGCUCCAGCCGACUUUUUUCUUUUUCCUAAACUCAAAUUAUCACUUCGUGGCACCCGUUUUCAAUCGGUAGAAGACAUAAAAGAGAAUUCGCGGCGAGAACUGACCUCAAUUCCGGAAACAGCGUUUAAAAAAUGUUUUGAUGAUUGGAUUAUUCGUUGGCGUAAGUGUAUCGUUUCUAAAGGAGCAUAUUUUGAAGGUGAUAAAAUAAAUUUGGAUGAAUAACAAACAGUUUGUGUAUUAUUGAUCUUUUCCUGUUACUUUCUUGACAGAGUAGUAUAGCUAGUAGUUAUUAUUUGAAAGCUGACAUGCUACAAAAUCAUCACAAACUAUUUAUCAGGAGGAUAAUUUGUUUGAUUAAUCACGUAGACAGUCAAAAUGUGUUUUAAACAGAGUUGAAACUUUGAUAUUAUUCAUAUUUUUGUAUGUUAAAAUUUUAAGAUGUACGAAACAUCUUUGUUUUCCCUGUCCCGCUGACAUAUUCACUAAAAUUGACAAAGCUUAUUUUCUCAAUCUUUUUAUCUCUGGGAUUAACUUGGAGUUAGAAUGAAUGAUAAAACAUAGGCGUUGUCGAAAUUCGUGAGAGUAUGAGAAAAGAGCCAAAGAAGAGGAAGAGAGGAGAACAUAAUAUUUUUUGAACAUUUUUAAAACCUGGACAUUUUUUGCUAUCAUAGUAUAAUCAAUAAAUAAAUACAAAAAAUGCCUUAGAUAUAACCAGAGUCUGUGAACAGAUUUUAAUAAUGUAUUUUUAACUCUGUUUUGAACAAUUUCUAUCCUUAUAUUUACAUGUUGUAAUUUAAUAAUAUCAUGAAUUUUAAUAUUAUGUGUUCAAAAGAAUAACUUCAAAGAAAAAAUAUUUUUUCAUCGAUGUCAAUAAUUAAUUACCUUGGUCAUUAGCUUGCCAACAGAAGAAAUAUAUUUAUCAGCAUAUUUCAAUAUGUAAAUUAUUAUUAAGGGAUAUAUUAAGGUAUAUUAGUAAUCAAAAAUUAUUAAAAAAUAUAUGAACGUAGUGAAAUAGUUUCUUACGAAAUACAAAAGCUUGCCGUUAGAAAAAGUGAUUAGCCCAAAGAUUGCAAUUUAUGUUGUUGCAUUUGAACUUUAUUUAUAUAGUGUGUAAGUGUAAAGUUAGCUAGCAUUCCGAAUAUUUAAUUUCAGAAUGAUUGUGCCAUUCGAUUGUUAUGUGUGUAUGGUUUUUUUUUAAAUUAUUUGAAUUUAUACUUUGUUUGACAUAUCACGUUGUGAAUAAUAUAAAUAAUUUUAAAACCAGUGACUUUUUAUCAUAGGUAUUUGUUGUAAUAAAUUUUAAGGAUUUCGAAAAAGUAUAAAAGCAUUUUGUAAUUUCAACUUUUUUUGUUAUGUUAUGGUUGCAAGAGAAAAUUUUUUUUCUUUCGCAACAGUGUGCCUUUACGUUCCAGUGCCAUUUUUGAGUUUCGAAUAGGCAAAGUUGUAUUUUUUAUUAGUGGGAAAUAAUAAAUUAAGUUAAAUUAUUAUUCAUUUUACAGUAGUACCUAAAUUAUAAGCUCAACAAUGCACUCUUAUCUAUAUGUCGUUGAAAUAAAAAUGGUUUGCAUGUGUGUUUAGGAAGAAAUUUUAUGUUAGCAAUAAUAAUAGUAGUUUGUGGUUUCAUGUAUAGCUGUCUUAUAUAAAUGUCACAUAUUAAUAUAAUUACACAGAAUAAUACUUUAAUUUUGAAACAUUGAUUGAUGACGGGUGCUUCAUUUAUAUUUAUUUUUUAUUGAAAUAAUAUUACUUUCAUCAUUAUAAAACUGAUUUGGGUUGAAUUUAAUACGAUACAAAAGAUUGUUUAUUAUUUAAUAUCCAAAUUUAUAAUGAACUUUGCGCAUGGCAUACUGUGUCCAAGAGCAUUACAAAUCAUUUACUACCUUUAUUUAAUAAGAACGAUUCGACAUCCAGUAAGAAGUAUUAGAACAUGAAGGGAAAAAGAUUACACACAGUACCAUGCACAGAAAGUGCUUAUAAAUCUUUAAAUUAUUAGGACCCUAAGUUUUGUUGCCAAAGAAUGUUUGAAACCCACCACAAAAUUGUUGAACAUAUUUAUUAUAUAAUAUAACAGUAUGUAUUUACUAAAUGUCUUAAAAUCCUAGACUUAGUUAAGCCAUCCUUAAAUUUCCUAGUGUACCAAAGAAAUAACAUUUCAGUGUUAAAUAAAUAAUAUUUAACUUCA